AUGUGUUCUGCACCGUACGGGCGGAAAAAGCGCCCAAGAUCCGCAGGGAUCAUUUUUCCCAUCAGUAAGGUGGCGCAGACGGAGCCGGAGCGCCGGGAGAGCACCGAGGGGGCCGUGGACGGCAGCAGGAUGACUGUCCAGGAAUUCAACACCCUGGUGGCGCUGUACCGGGAGCAGGUCAUAUCCGUCGGGGAGAUCUCCGCCGACUGUCCGUCUCUGCGGGCGCAGAUGCACCACACACGCUCCAAAGGCUGCUCCAUGGCCCGGGCCGCUCACCAGGACCUCGCCGUCAUCUCUGUGUCAGGUCCAGAGGACGGAGAGAUCCACCCUGAGAUCUGUCGACUCUUCAUCCAGCUGCAGUGCUGCCUGGAGAUGUUCAUAACAGAGAUGCUCAAAUCCAUGUGCCUGCUGGGGGUGCUGCAGCUGCACAGAAAAGGACCUGAAGGAACGGACUCGGAGCCGAAGGUGGACUUCAGGAUGGAUGAAAGCUCAGACGUUGCCAUCCUGGAAGACCGGUCAUCCUCCCCCAUCGACUUUCUACAGGAGCAGUGGCUGGUGGGAACCGAUAUUGAAAAUAUAGAGAGAGAUAUGAGAGAGAUGAGGAACCUACUCAGCAAACUCAGGGACACGAUGCCAUUGCCACUGAAAAACCAAGAUGACAGCAGCUUGUUGAACCUGACUCCACACCCACUGAUCAGACAGAGGAAGAGACGCUUCCCUGGACUCUGCUGCAUGGUGUCCGGCUGAGAGGCAGCGCUCGACACGCACGGGGGAGAACUUCUAUUUUAUCAAAUUUUGUGAUGUACGUUAAAUAAGAGAUUCACGGAUCGUAUUUUCAUUUCAUUUUUGUGUUUUUUUCCAUAUUAUCUGAAAUUGUAAUCCUGUAGAAGCUUCGCUGAGUAGAUCCCGUUUGUCUUUCUCAUCCUGACUUUUGCUUCCUUUGCCGGUCGGUUCUUGAGUUCUGCCACUCAGCUCCUUCAGGUUCAGCCUUUGGUUGUGUAAACGCUCGGCUUCUAUCGAGCUUGACUUAUUUCAGAUGUAUUUAGCACAUACGCAAUGGCAGCGUGGAGAAGUGAAGCCAGCAGUCAGUUCAGUGUCCAAUAAAAUACUAAAAUAAAGCAAAAGUAUAGUGCAGGUCUUAAGUUUGUCCGUACCAUUCAGGUUCUGCUGGUGAGACCUUGAAGACAGGCACA